AUGAAUUCAACUCCUCCAAGAAAGAUUAAUAGGAUAUCAUUCCUGGAUCAAGGGUUUAGUAUUGGUGAUUCUGAAUUAAAUGCACCUGGAUCAUCUAUUCAAAGAUCGCAUUGGAAACCACAAUCAUCUGCGACAAAAUGCAAGUUGUGUGAUAAAACGUUGAGUGUUAAGAAUGGUAUCGUUAAUUGUCGAAAAUGUGGCGAUUUAUUUUGUAAUGAUCAUACUCAUUAUAAAGUACGAUUGAGAAAUCCUAAUAAAGAUGAAAAGAUCCCACAGUAUGAUUCUAGUGGUGUCUGGUGUAGAUGUUGUGAGACUUGUUAUUUUGAUAAACAGCACGUGGAGAUCAAUAGUAUUGAUUUAACUCAAGAAUUCAAACUCAGUCGGCAAUCAAAAGUAGAAUCCGAGCAAUUGAAUAGGACAAAGAUACAAAGGAAUUUCAUUAAAUUGACGAAUCUUCUAACAGAAAAGUCGUCCGUUGAUAAUAUUGUGAAUUGGUCCCCAGAUUCCAGUAACUGCUCCAUCUGUUUUGUUAAAUUUAAUUUGUUUAUACGAAGACAUCAUUGUCGAUUAUGUGGAAGUGUUGUAUGUGAUGAUCCAGAAGGAAUACGUAAAGGAUGUUCCAUGAAUGUUCCAUUAGUUAGGAUAGUGGAAAAAUUGCCAAAGCUAAAUUACCAAAGAAAACCCCUGGAAGACGAACAAAUCAAAUUUCGAUGUUGUGUCAACUGCAAAAAUGCGUUAUUAUUUGACUGGAAAAGAGACACUGAUACCUAUAAUCCUAUUUUCGGUAUUUAUGACUCAAUGUUGUUGCAAAAACAACAGAUCGAAAGGAUCAUCCCACAAUUUGAAGCCCUUGUUAAGGACACCAAAGAGCCACUUAAACUAAGAACAAAAUUGGUACAAUGUUUGAAGGAUUUAGAAGAUUCCUUAUAUCAAUUUCGAAAUCAGUUCUACUAUAAAGAAGGGGAGAUAUUGUUAGUCCAGCUGGAGUAUACUGCUUACGAUAAACUAGUAACUAAUAUUUACCAAUCAAUGGCUGUAUUCCUUCAAGAUAAUCUAGUGAAAUAUAAACAGAUUGCUGAUACUUAUAAACAAAACUCUCCUGCUCCUCCUACUCCACCACCACCACCAAGAUUGACGAAAAAACAAAUUCGAGAAAUGAGAGAACAGUUGAUGGUUAUGAAUGAGCAAAAGUUUCUAGUGGAGAAACUUAUCAAGGAUUAUACCAAACAAAGAAGGUUUGAUGAGUUGGAUACUUUGAUUUCGAAUAAGACUGAGCUUGAGGAAACUAUUAAGAGCUUAGAAGAAGAACUAGGCGAAUUUGGUUUUUAG